AUGGGUAAUAAUGAUAGUGAUAAUGGAAAUUCUUCCAGUAAUUUUUAUACAAAUAUAGAAAGAAGAAAAUAUAAAAUUAGGGAACAGAUGGAAACGGAUGUACUUAUUGUUGGUGCUACUACAGGGGGACUUAUUUUGUCUCUUGAUUUGUUUAGAAAAAAUAUAAAACAUAUAAUAAUAGAUUCAUGUGAAAGUAAUAUAAAAAAUAAAAAAAUAAAUGAGCAAUAUUUACUUUAUCCUAGAACCCUUGAAAUGUUACACGAUUUAAAUCUUCUUCCUGAAAUUUUAUCGAAUAGUUUGAAAUUGACAGGUAUAAAUUUUUAUAUACAAAAUAAAUUAAUAAAUCAAAGUAGUAAAAACUUUUUUCAAAGUAUAAAUGGAAAUAUGCCAUAUAUGCUAAGUAUUAAUAAAAUGUCUCUAAACAAAAUAUUAUUAAAAAAAAUUAAAUUAAACGGCUCGAUCAUAUGGUAUAAUACAUUACUAUCACCCAUUCAAAAUCAAACACCAAAUUUUAUAAACUAUAACAAUUAUAGUGAUCAAAAUGAGCAUAAUGAAAAGUUAUCAGCAAAUAACAAAUUCAACUUCCAUCAUGACAAUAUAAAGGUAAAAAAAUUAUAUACUUUACCAUCACUUUUAAAAAAUAGAGAAGUAAAAAAUGCUCUAAUUAAAAAUGAUAGUAAAAUGGAAAACAAUAGUGAAAGCCAAAGUACAUCUAAAACUAUUUCUAUCGAAAAAAAUAACAGCAUAGACAUAAAUUUAAUAACAUCAAAUAGUAAUUCAAUUUUUUCUAACUUAUCAAGUAAGAAUGUAUCAAGCGAUUUUUCUUUUUAUUGUAGUACUGACACAAAUUAUAGCCAUCCCUAUGAUAUUAGUGAUAAGACAUAUAAUUCAAAUCCAAGUCUUUUUAAUAAAUAUUCAUCCGAAGAAAAUAAUAAAUAUCAAAUUGAUGGAUACAUAGAAAAAGAAUACAGUAUUAAUAAUGAACAAAAUUAUUCAGAUAUAUUUUAUGAAAAAAAAGACAAAAAAAAUAUUCAAACAAAUUGUAAUAUAACUGGGACAACUGUUCGAGUAAAACAUAACUAUACUUAUUGGGAUGGAGGAAAAAAUAAUUUGAAAAACUUAAAAAUAAACAAAAAUGAAAAAGAGAAAAAAAAAAAUAAAAAAAAAUAUUAUUCUUAUAUUAAAACUAAAUUUAUAGUUGGUGUUGAUGGAAAACAUUCAUUAGUUAGAAAAUUAUUUAAUAUCAAAAUGGAAAAAAAACAAAAUAAUGAUAUAGAAUAUAUAUCUGCAGACAUAUGUGCAAAAUGGAGUAAUGAAAUGCAUUAUUAUAAUUUAUCUUUAUUUCAAUCGGAAUAUGGAUUUAUUACUUGCUUCCCCAUAUUUUUCGAUAUCGCAAAUGUUGAUGAAAAUAAUUUUUAUUCUACAGAUCCAAAAUUUAAAAAUACCAUAAAAAAUAUGAAAAAGGAAUUGUACAUAAGAAAAAAUCAUAUCAAUUUUAAAAAAAUUGCCACCAAAUCAAUAAAAAAAGAAUCUUUCAAAAUGAGUAAUUCACAAGAAUUAUCUAUUCAUGCUUUAAGCAGUUCACCAAUACGUAAUACUCUAGCCCCAAAUAAUAAGGACACACAACAAAUAAAGAAUAAUAUUGGAUUUGUAAAAAGAUGCGUACAAAAAGAGGUAGAACCAUCACCAAAAGUAAAAGAUGAAAUAACCCAUGAUCACCCAUUACAACAAAAUGAUAUAAAAGACACCAAAGAAAGUCUAAAUGUGCUAAUUCAAAAACGAAACAAAUUUAAUAAAAGUCACACACAUGAAAUAAUGGAAAAAGAAAUAUAUAAAAAAAACGACUUCUUUAAAAUGAACAAGCCAAAAAGUGUUUGUCAAAAAAUUAAUGAUUAUCAUGAAAAACAAAAUAAUAUUCUAAUGAACAAAUGUGGUGUCGAAAAAGAUAUGUUUAAUAUUAGUCUCGAAAAAAAAAAAACCAAAGAAUAUUUUAUGAAUUUUAUAAAAAAAUAUGAAGAAAAAUUUGGAUGUUAUAUUAAAAAUACAACAGAAGGGAAUGAAGAAAAGAUUGAAAAUUCUUUGGAUACUUUAGAAAUAUGUUUUUCACAAAAUAAGGAGAAAAAAAAAAAAAAGGAAAAUUAUCAUAAGUCAAAUACCACUUCAAUCUUUACUACUAAAGAGAGUGAUAAAGAAUUGCCAAACAAAUUUUCACAAAAGGGUCGAACCACCUCAUUCUUAACACCAGAAAAUGAUACAUGUUCUAUUUUAAUUAAAAAUAAAAAUAAGGAAAUAUCGCCAAAUGAAAGUUUAAAGGAAGAUACAGACAAUAAUUAUGUCGACGCAUUGAGUAACAAUUCUAUGAAUGAAAUAAAUAAUCGAGCUUCUGAAUAUGCAAAAUUAGGGAUAUAUAAUUGGCAUAUAACCAUAUGUAGAAAAAUAGACAAGUCUUCCCAAAAUAAGUUUUUAUAUCCUAUUAAAAAAUCGAAAGAAAUAAAAUAUAUAGAAGUUAUAAAAUUAAUCAAUAAAAUAUUUCCAAAUACUGAAUUAUAUUAUUUAUAUAAUUUGAAAAUAGGAAUACAUAAAGAUAAAAUAUGUACAAAUUAUUAUAACAAUUAUGUUGUUUUAGCUGGAGAAGCAAAUUGUUUUUAUAACCCCCUAUUUAAUGUAAGUGUUAAUUUAACUAUACAUGAUAUAUAUAAUAUAGGAUGGAAAUUAAAAUAUAUUAUUAAUUAUGGUUGUACAUUAAUAUUAUUAGAUGGAUAUGAAAAAGAAAGAAAAUAUAUAUCUGAAAAAGUUGUAUCAUGGAAUAGAGAAAAAUUAAAUUUUGUUUUUAUCAAUAAUAAUGGUAAUAAUAAUAUUUGUGCAUAUUAUAAUAUAUUUUUUUUAAAAUUUUUUGCUUAUAUAUUUCAAAAAUUUCCUACUAAUUAUAAUAUAUUUGAAAAAAUAUAUUUAAGCACAUUUUUAUUACAACAUAAUUAUACUAGUUAUGCUAUUAACAAUACAAGGAAUAUUUUUUUUUGUAAUAAAAAUAAUAAUAUAUGUGCAGAUAGAGCAAAAAAUUGUAUUUUAAAAUUUAUCUCUCCACUUAAUAAAAGUAAAGAAAAUAUAAAUGUCUCCUUAUAUGAUUAUUUAAAAAAUCAAAUGCACACACUAAUUUUAUGUAUAAAUAUAUCGAAAGAAGAAAAGCCAAUCUGUAAUUAUAUUACCACACAACUACUAAAAAAUAAAUAUAAUAAUAAAUAUUAUAACAAUAAAUUAUCUUAUACAUAUGAUAAACCAGCUUUAAAAAAAUUAAUAAAAAUUGCACGUUUAACUUAUAAUAUUAUGGGGAAAAAAGGAACUCAAAAUAACAACACUAAUUGUAGAGGACAACCUUUUUUAAAAAUUUUAUGGAUAUUGUGUAAUCAAAAUAAAAGUGACUUUAUUCAAACUAAUACAACUAUUUGUUCUACUAAUUUUAAUGUAUAUACACGUAAUUUUACUACUAGCUCUUAUAAUAUACCAACUGAAUUAAUUAAUACUAUAAAAGAUUCAAAAAUUAAAGAUCAAGUUAUUUUAUAUGAUUUUAUAAAUGAUUUUCAAAAACAAUAUAAUAUCAACUUUUAUUUACCAAACAAUCUUAUUUAUCAACCAAAUUUUCAAUCCGCAAUAUACAUUUUUAUACGACCCGAUUUUCAUAUUACCCACAUUAAUUAUGUCAAUGAUGACAACCAGAUUGCUUCCUUCCUUGAUCAUGUAUACAAUUUUUAUGGCUAA